AGUCUUGCACAGGCGUGCCGGCUCCUCCCCUUCAGUCUUGCACAGGCGUGCCGGCUCCUCCCCUUCAGUCUUGCACAGGCGUGCCGGCUCCUCCCCUUCAGUCUUGCACAGGCGUGCCGGCUCCUCCCCUUCAGUCUUGCACAGGUGUGCCGGCUCCUCCCCUUCAGUCUUGCACAGGUGUGCCGGCUCCUCCCCUUCAGUCUUGCACAGGUGUGCCGGCUCCUCCCCUUCAGUCUUCCACAGGUGUACCGGCUCCUCCCCUCCAGUCUGGCACAGGUGUACCGGCUCCUCCCCUCCAGUCUGGCACAGGUGUACCGGCUCCUCCCCUCCAGUCUGGCACAGGUGUACCGGCUCCUCCCCUCCAGUCUGGCACAGGUGUACCGGCUCCUCCCCUCCAGUCUGGCACAGGUGUACCGGCUCCUCCCCUCCAGUCUGGACAGGUGUAGCGGCUCCUCCCCUCCAGUCUGGCACAGGUGUAGCGGCUCCUCCCCUCCAGUCUGGCACAGGUGUAGCGGCUCCUCCCCUCCAGUCUGGCACAGGUGUACCGGCUCCUCCCCUCCAGUC